AUGCUACAGUUGAAUUCUGUUAUUCACCCAAACACAUCCGGGCAACGGUUCAAGUUUGAAGCCUUUUUAAGAAAUGAACACAAUUUCGGACUUGAUCCCGAUAGACCAGUGUGUCAGUUUUUCACUCCGCUGAACCCUGGAGCCUGUCCCAAUGGAAACAAUUGUCCCAAUAAACACGUCCCAGCCAUGUAUUCCAAUAAGAUUGUGUGUAAGCAUUGGCUCCGAGGACUUUGUAAGAAGAAUGACAACUGUGAGUUUUUACAUGAAUAUAAUUUAAGAAAGAUGCCUGAGUGUCUGUUUUUCUCCAAGAAUGGAUAUUGUACUCAAACACCUGAAUGUUUAUAUCUUCAUGUAGAUCCUCAACUGAAGAUUCCUCCGUGUCCCAGUUAUGAGCGGGGGUUUUGUCCCGAUGGACCUAAAUGUUCCAACCGUCACAUAAGGAAAAUGAUGUGUCCGUUGUGGGUAACUGGGUUUUGUCCUAAGGGUUCUGACUGUGAGCAUUCUCAUCCUAAAUUCGAGGGUAUCAUCGACAGAUUACGAAUAAAACCAGACGAAGAAACGAAUCUGGACAAGUGA